AUGUCGACGAAGUGCACCAUCAUCUCCAACACCACCGCCUCCACCACCGACCCCUCCAAAGCCUCCAGCAAGAAGGCCGCCAACACCUUCACCGGCGACGUCUGGAUGGACCAAGUGCAUCUCGAUACAGCGAAAGGCUUCAACAUCAACCACGUCACCUUCCUUCCCGGCGGCCGCACCUACUGGCACACGCACGAGCACGGCCAGAUCCUCGAAGUGAAGGCGGGCUCCGGUUGGGUCUGCGACGAGGGGGAGCAGCCUAGGCGCAUCAGGACCGGAGACACGGUGGUGUGUCCGGCGGGCACGAGACACUGGCAUGGUGCAGACGACGGGAGCAUGAUGAUGCAUCUGGCUAUUAGUCUGGGGAAGACGAGCUGGGAGGGCGAGGUGUCCGAGGAGGAGUAUAAGGCGAAGAGCAGCUGA